UUGUGGUAUUUGCCAGUCAGUACAAUGGCAACCGCGCGGUUGGAGUCAACGAAAAUCGAAAAAGAUUCGAAAAUGCUUACGGAACUGUUCCACGCCCUAAACGUACCAGAGGAAAUGUUAGAAGUUUCACAAAACGGUGAGAUAUUCUCGUUACGGCACUUGGAAAAGAAAUCAUCAGAAUUCAAAAGUGUCAGAAGUAUGUUCAUCGCGCACCUCAAAAACGACCAAAAAAUUUAUUUCUCCGUGGAAAGUGUCAACAAAGUGUUAAACCCGUUCCUGUUCGCUCAGUAUUCGCUAAAACUGAGAAAAAAGAAAGAACAGUUUAGCAAAUGCACGCAAUCGACCGUAUUCCACGGUACGAAUUCGUCCGCCGUAAUUCCCAUUUGCCAGUAUAACUUCGAUUGGAGAAAAGUGCGGUCACAACAUUUCGGCAAAGGAGUAUACUUUGCAAAGCAUGUGACUUAUGCCAGCCAUUACGGUAUCGAUGAAGAUAGCGACGUGCGGAUAAUGAUUGUAACCAACAUCAUCAUUACCGGUAAAAGCAUAGGUGAGAGGGGUAUCACGUUGCCCUCUGAUGAGGAAAGCGACACAUCGGUCAAUGAAAAGCAAGUUGUUUUGGUGAAGUACGAGGAUGCCGACGUUUAUCCAGCGUACGUCGUCUACUAUAAAAAGACUGACGAGCCUCUAAAUGACGACCAGGAGCCAGGACCAUCCAGAGGACCUGUACCUCUUUACCCGUUCGAGCCCAUUCCCUUGGUCGAAGAUGACGAUCCCAACAUUGUAGUCAUAAAUCCUUAAGCAAUUUGUUCUUUAUUUACGUCCAAUUAUUUUUUCUGUGUGAUUAUCUAAGUAAAUAAAAAGAUUAUUUGUU